UUGACAAUCCGCAGCAGCGCGCAGUAGCACAAGAACCAACCAAAAAAAUUCAGAAUGGCUCCCUCAAGCAGGCUGCUCGCCGCGGCGGCGCUGGCGGCGCUGUUCGUGUGCGCGAUGUGCGAGGCCCCCGUGACGUUCACGGUGGAGAAGGGCUCCGACGAGAAGAACCUGGCGCUGUCAAUCAAGUACAACAAGGAGGGGGACUCCAUGGCAGAGGUGGAGCUCAAGGAGCACGGCUCCAACGAGUGGCUGGCCCUCAAGAAGAACGGCGACGGCGUGUGGGAGAUCAAGAGCGACAAGCCGCUCAAGGGCCCAUUCAACUUCCGCUUCGUGUCCGAGAAGGGGAUGAGGAACGUGUUCGACGACGUGGUUCCGGCGGAAUUCAAGGUCGGCACCACCUACAAGCCCGAGGAGUAGGGUGAUCUGCCAUCGGUCGUCAUAAGAAGUUUUUGAUUUUCCUCAUAUCGUGAAUAAUUUGUCGAGGUUUUUGUCAGUGAGGUGGUGAUUGGGAGAAGCACAACUAUGGAUGUGCUUCCUAGUAUCUCCCAUGCACCCAUUACCUUGGCCAAUAUUUUUUUAUAUGAAUCGAAUUAUGUUAGUUUAUUUAUGAGAUAUUUAAAAGGGAUCCCAGAUAUUUUUGCC